AUGCUGAGCGUUUGGUCGGGAGUCAAUGGAAUUAUUCACUGGGAACUUCUUCCAAAUGGCUGUACCAUCACUGCUGAACUCUACUGUCAACAAUUGGACCGGGUUGCCGAAAAGCUCAAGGGAAAGCAGGAUCGAAUUUACUAUUUGCAUGAUAACGCUAAACCCCAUGUUGCAAAGUCGGCCUACGAAAAAUUAUUGAAGCUCGGAUGGAUUACCAUUCCUUAUCCACCUUAUUCUCCUGACUUGGCUCCAGCGGACUACCAUUUGUUUCGUUCUCUUUAUCAUCAUUUGCGUGAGAAAAAUUUCGACGACGAGAACGACGUGAAAAUGGAUAUCAUCAACUUCUUUGGUCAAAAGUCCCAGGACUUCUACGAAAGUGGGAUCCUAUCUCUACCAGAGCGACGGCGACAAGUCAUAGAUAGUAGUGGUGCAUAUAUAUCUGAAAGCUAG